CUGUACAACUCUUUCGAGUUGAAAUUAGUCAUCAUUGAUCUUUCUUCCUUCCCAUAGUGUCGGCACAGAGAGGUCAGAAGGAAGGAGAACAGUGCACAAUUCCCGAGCUGGUGAACCGCGUGUACUUUGACUGCAUUGAGGUGAUGAGUCGUUGUGGCGAAGCGAAUGGAGAUGGUCAGCCUCGAAAGCGGCGGCAACGGGCUACUCUCACAUGCACCAACUGCCGUGUGAGGAAGAUCAAGUGUAACCAGGAGAGGCCAUGCUCGUCCUGUGUGAAGAGAGGUAUACCGAGCCACCUGUGUGUGUAUGACAACACCAGGUACCUUGCUGCGUUGGCUAAGUCUCGGCCAAAGGAGCAGGAUGAAGCGCCCACUAUUGAAGAGAUGAUGAUAGAACUACAAAGUCUGCGGCAAGAAUUGGAGUCACUGAGAAGCAAAGGUGGCGGUGAGAACAAUGAGGCUCCAUUGACACUGCCUGAGUACGUAUCCAACAAGGUUGAUCGCACUGUGUUUUAUGGGCCGACGUGUUGGAGAACGGCCUUAAGGAAGGAGUCCAAGUACGCCGAGGUGCUGGACGAUGUGACCACUUUCCUCUCGAACAAGAGGAGAGAAUGGAAGAUCAAGCACAACUGGAAGAAGAAGCCAUAUGAGGACUACGUUGCAAUGGAAACAGCCUUCCCCGAUGUGUUGUUAGGGAACUUGUGCCAAUAUCUACCGUCUUUCGAUAGUAUGAAAGACGCUGUGACGAUGUUCGGAUCAUCAUUUUGGACCAGAUUCAUACCUGUUGUAGAUGAACAAGACCUACUAAAGGACUUCUUGAGGAUCUUUGGUAAGGACUAUUCCACAGGUACAUGUCGGAUAACAAUCUCUACUAAAUACGUUGACUAUGCUAAAAUAGCCCUGAUAAUUGUCGUGUUCAAGCUCAUGACAUUGACAAUGAACCUGAGCUCCUUGAACGAUGUGUUCUCUGACUAUGACCAGCUCGUGACGUUUGCUCAGAGACUUUUGCGGUUCAGCAAGUCCAACACUAGGGUAACACUACCAGCACUACAGGCAACUUUACUCAUGCACGCAUUGAUGGUGCUUGAUCCCUCAGAGGGCAACGGUGGCGAUGGUUCAAAUGGCUGUUUAUUGUUGAAGAGUGCUAUAGUCAUGGGUAUCACCUUGGGAUUACACAGGGAUGUUGAUGACUUAUAUCCCACGUAUACCCCACGUCAUAGAAUAUUGUUGAGAUCAAUUUGGAGGUACCUCUACAACAUGGAUACUCUACUCUCAUUCGAUGUGGGAAUACCACCAAGCAUUGACGAUGGCUCGAUACAUCCAAACUCAUUUGGGAAUCUAGAUGCAGACACAACCCUCUUAUUAGAUCUAACGCGAUGUAUGAGAGAGUGUUGUAAGCUGAUGACAAGAUCAGACCCGGUAUACCCAAGUGAGGUGUUAUCUAUAAUUUCCAGAUUUGAGAACUUCAACAACGGCGAACUGAAGCAUCUCUCGUCAAAUAUGGCCAAUUCGACGUCAGCACAUGCCGUUGUGAACGACAUGUCGUCCUUUAACGGUAUCAUACAUCGUGUACUAGCUGUUCACGCUAUACAUACACUUUUUGAACUCUUACUCGAGGGAGUCCCCAUUGAUGAUCCAAAAAGGACAUUUUACCAUCUGUCUAGUUUAAAGUACUGUGUCCUGGGUAUGACGUAUCUCACUGAAAUUCUGCUGACUAUUAGAGAAUUGACUUAUGAGGCUCAGCAAUUUGGACUGGAUGAUCUAACUCCAAGGUUGGUGGAGAUGACGCUUGCCAUUAUUGGAGCUUCACAGAGUCUUGUGUGUAGAUCAUACCUCACUCUUCUAUACAACGAACUCCGUACGCUUAACGAUGAACGACUUUUUCCAGAGGAAUUAAAUAUAACCCUCGCAGAUAUGGAGUCGAUGGAUUGUUCUGACAACUUCAGUCCGUUAUCGCAGGCUUUUAUGAGUGGAAAGCUCUCGAGGAACUUCCUUGUACUAUGGUCUAAGGCCAUUCUCUUCCUCCAGCGUAACUCUCCUGGUCGGGUGUUCAGUAUGAGCUAUUCGUUAAUGGGGAUGGUCACUGCAUACAAGUUCACAAGAAAGUACGUUACUGAUAUUGAUGAUGGGAGUCUCAUUGAAAACGCCAGCUCCAUUCUGGGAUCUAUAUCUUCAAACAAUGCAAUCAUGUCUGAGUCCCCUGGUGCUGAUUCGACGAACGAAAACUCAUCCUACUUCCAGUUGGCUUCACGAUACGGCAGUGCAGUAACUGGGUCUUCGAACUCACCUCCAGAUCUAUCGGUGUUAUCCACAGAGCACGUUGAUCUCCUAACCUGGGAGAACGAAUAUGCUAAUGACCUUCUUAAUGAGCUUCUGGGUAACGGGAUUAAUUGAGAUUUACUGGUCAAUAACCUGUAUGUGCGCUCAUGUCGGUGUGUACUACCAUGGCGAAAACACAUGUGCCCUGUGAAUGAUCUGCGAGUGCUAUAUGAAGAAGCGGUUUGCUUUUGUUACUACAAAUGGGUAUCUUCACUUCAAAGCUGUCAUCAGGCAACUCCCCCCCCCAUCUGUCGAGAAUGACUCAGCACAAUAAUCACCACUGUAAUUGACGUAUGCAAUGUAUAUAGGCAACUUAACAAGCCACACCCUUAUGUUUAAUUAGCAGCAAUGUUGUAGUCUUCAUCAACGAUUAUUGGUUUCCACCACCUGAUGACGUUUUU